AUGAUAAACCGAUUGCUUAAACGAGGAGAUAAGUCAGCUCAACCAGCACAAUCUGUUCCACAUGAUAUGAAAGAUAAAAGAAGAACAAGAGCAAAGAAAUGUUGCACAACAUUGUUGAUUUCGAACGGUGUUCUUUGUACUUCACGACUUCUGCUUGUAACUCUCGUCUUAUGUAAGAUUGGAAAUUUCAUUAAAUGCAUUGUUAAGAUCGAAGGAAAAUACUAA